CAUUUCUCAACACACUGAAAGAUAUUAGAUAGCUACCUAUAGUAGAAGUCAUUCCUAUCACAGAACCAUGGCUGUCAUUGUUGCAUUUUUAAGCUCUGUACUGGUCAUCCUUUCAAUGUCUUCUCCAGGGAAUGCACUGAGUCAAAAUUACUAUGACCAAACAUGCCCUAGUGCAGAAUCAAUCAUCAGAGAUGCUGUCAGAGCCGCGACGACGAAAGACAAAACAGUUCCUGCAGCACUACUCAGGAUGCACUUCCAUGAUUGUUUCGUAAGGGGUUGUGAUGCUUCUGUGCUGUUAAGUUCGAAAGGGAAGAACACUGCAGAGAAAGAUGGACCUCCAAAUGUUUCCUUGCAUUCAUUUUAUGUCAUUCACAGUGCAAAGAAAAGGGUAGAAGCAAAAUGCCCUGGAGUUGUCUCAUGUGCUGAUAUCUUGGCUUUGGCUGCAAGAGAUGCUGUUGUGUUGUCAGGAGGUCCCAGUUGGGAUGUCCCAAAAGGGAGAAAAGAUGGAAGAACAUCCAAUGCCAUUGAAACCAGACAAUUGCCUGCUCCAUUUUUCAACAUAUCUCAACUCCAACAAAGUUUUGCUCAAAGAGGUCUGAGCAUGGAUGACCUAGUGGCUCUCUCAGGUGGUCACACACUAGGGUUCUCCCACUGUUCAUCCUUUAGAAACAGGAUCCACAACUUCGACACCACACACGACGUUGACCCUUCACUGCAUCCCUCCUUUGCCGCCAGCUUGAAGAGCAUUUGCCCCAAAAACAGCGCCAAGAAUGCCGGUUCCCCUAUGGAUACUUCAUCCACAACCUUUGACAACACCUACUACAAGCUGAUCCUCCAAGGGAGGAGCCUGUUUUCUUCAGACCAGGCUUUGCUCACCAUCCCGAAGACAAAAAACCUAGUCUCGAAGUUUGCUACCUCAAAAGAAGCUUUCGAGAAGGCUUUUGUGAAAUCUAUGAUCAAAAUGAGCAGCAUCACAGGGGGACAGGAAGUGAGGAAGGACUGUAGGGUGGUCAAUUAAUUUAAGUGCCUCUCUAUAAUAAGCAUUCUUUAGAGUAAUAAUUUGUCAAUAGUAUUCUCUUGAUGAAUCUAUAUUUUAUUUUAGAAGGAUUGCAAUUAAUAAUUAUAAGGUUGUAUGUUUGUUUUAAAGCCAUAAAAAUUGUAUGGCUGUGAGGUUAUUCUUGUAUUGGAUUGUAAGUUUUAUAGUUUGGCAGGAAUAUAUAUAUUCUAUCUCAAAUUAAAUAUAUCAUGUUUGGUUUAUAA